UUUUAUAUUUUCUCUCCAUUCUUCUCUUUUUUCCCAAUUUGUGUGCCCUCCAAAUCACACUCAAAGUGCCACUCACUCUGCUGCUCCAUGCACUAAGAAGAAGCUGUCCUUUUGUAGCUACUGGGCACUGUAAAACCCUUUGAAAUUUGUCCUCUUUUUCUUCUUCCCCACACUGUAGGCGAGACUUGAAUGCAAUUCAAGAAUUUCCCCCAACUUUUUCUGUGAGGAGAAAACAAGAAAGACAGUGUGGUACAGAUUUGCUGCAGUGUAGAAAAACAUGGAGGAAAGUCUGUCAUCGAAAGUAUCGGAUGGGAUUGUUAAACGGAUCAAAUUUGGUUUGGCUACACCACAGGAAAUAUGUAAAUCCUCUAUUAGCGAUUGCCCGAUUACCCAUCCGAGCCUACUUUUAAAUCCUUUCCUUGGUCUGCCUCUCGAAGCUGGCAGAUGUGAAUCCUGUGGUACUGCGGAGCCUGGCCAGUGUGAAGGUCAUUUUGGAUACAUUGAGUUGCCCAUUCCUAUUUAUCACCCUGACCAUGUCAGUGAGUUGAAAAAGAUGCUAAGCCUGCUUUGCUUGAAGUGCUUAAAGAUGAAAAACAGAAAGUUUCAGGUCAAGAAUGCUGGUGUUCUUGAACGAAUGUUGUCCUCAUGUUGUGAGGAUGUCGCACAAGUCUCAGUAAAUGAGGGCAAAACCUCAGAUGGUGCUUCCUAUUUGGAGUUGAAAGUACCAAAAAAUGCUGCAAAACUUCAAGAGUGGAACUUCUUGGAGAAAUAUGGCUACCGCUACGGUGACGGUUAUUCUCGACCUUUGCUUCCUUCCGAGGUUCUUGCUAUUUUGAGAAGAAUUCGGGAAGAUACGAGAAAAAAGCUAUCAGCUAAAGGCUAUUUCCCACAGGAGGGAUACAUCCUGCAAUACUUACCUGUACCUCCUAACUGUUUGUCUGUGCCUGAUAUAUCUGAUGGGAAUAACAUCAUGUCUUCGGAUCACUCUAUAACAAUGCUCAGGAAGGUGCUGAGGCAAAUUGACAUAAUUAAAAGUUCAAGAUCUGGUACACCUAAUUUUGAGGCUCAUGAAGUGGAGGCAAAUGAUUUACAAGCAGCAAUUGUCCAGUAUCUCCAAUUUAGGGGGACAGGCAAGGCAUCUCGUGAUGUUGAUAAACGUUUUGGAAUACACAAGGAAGCAGUUGAUACCACCACUAAAGCCUGGCUAGAGAAGAUGAAGACCUUGUUUAUCAGAAAGGGGUCUGGUUUCUCAUCUCGAAGUGUCAUAACUGGUGACCCAUACAAAGGGGUGGGUGAGAUUGGUUUGCCAUGUGAAAUUGCUCAGAAAAUCACUUUUGAGGAGAGAGUAAGUCAGCACAAUAUGGCAUACUUACAGAAAUUGGUAGAUGAAAAGCUUUGUUUAACCUAUAAAGAUGGGUCAAGUACUUAUUCUUUGAGAGAAGGGUCAAAGGGGCAUACAUUUCUACGACCUGGGCAAAUAGUGCAUAGGAGGAUAAUGGAUGGUGAUAUUGUUUUCAUUAACAGGCCACCCACAACACAUAAGCACUCCCUCCAAGCCUUAUCAGUGUAUGUCCAUGAUGAUCACACUGUGAAGAUCAACCCACUUAUGUGCGGCCCCCUUAGUGCUGAUUUUGAUGGGGACUGCAUUCAUUUGUUUUACCCUCAGUCCCUUUCUGCCAAAGCAGAGGUUGUGGAGCUUUUUGCCGUAGGGAAACAGUUACUGAGUUCUCACACCGGUAACUUCAAUUUGCAGCUUGCCACCGACUCAUUGCUGUCGUUGAAGUUAAUGUUCUCAAAUUACUUCUUUGAUAAAGCAGCUGCCCAACAGUUAGCAAUGUUUCUUCCGAUGGCCUUACCUGAUUCUGCUGUAGUAGAUGUUCGUAAAUCUGGUGCCAUGUGGACGACCUUGCAGAUCUUGGGGGCUGCUUUACCGGAUGGCUUUGAUAGUUGUGGGGAGACGCACACGAUUGGAAAAAGUCAGUUCCUUGGAAUAGAUUACAACAGAGACUUGAUUUCAUCAAUUCUGAAUGAUGUUAUCACAUCUAUCUAUUUUAUGAAGGGUCCUAAUGAUGUAUUGAAGUUCUUUAAUUCUUUACAGCCUCUUUUAAUGGAAAAUUUGUGCACAGAAGGUUUUAGUAUUAGUCUCCGAGAUUUCUACAUGUCAAAGGCUGUUAGGGAUGGUAUCCAGGAAAGAAUUCAGUGCAUGUCCAAGUUGCUACAUAAUUUGCGGUCAUCCUAUAAUGAGUCCGUAGAAGUACAAUUGGAGCAUCACUUGCGUAACGAGAAACUUCCAGUUAUUGACUUUGUGCUCAAGUCGUCUGGCAUGGGUGUUCUAAUUGAUUCCAAGAGUGAAUCUGCCUUUAAUAAGGUGGUUCAGCAAAUUGGUUUCUUAGGCUUGCAAAUAUCAGAUAGGGGCAAAUUUUACACAAAGACACUGGUGUAUGACAUGGCUCGACUGUUUCAGAAGAAGUAUCCUUCUGUUGGUACUAACCCUUCCGAGGAAUUUGGGUUGGUUAGAAGUUGUCUGUUCUACGGGUUGGACCCUUACCAGGAGAUGAUUCAUUCGAUCUCCAGUAGAGAAGUGAUUGUCCGCUCAACCAGGGGAUUAACCGAACCUGGGACAUUGUUCAAGAAUUUGAUGGCCAUUCUCCGCGAUGUAGUCAUUUGUUAUGACGGGACUGUUAGGAACGUUUCCAGCAACUCAAUUAUUCAGUUUGAAUAUGGGGCUAGCGGUGGGUCAAAUUUACCAAGUGAAUUUUGUGCUGGUGAUCCAGUUGGAGUGUUGGCUGCAACUGCUAUGUCCAAUCCUGCAUACAAGGCAGUUCUUGAUUCAUCUCCAAGCAGUAAUUCCUCCUGGGAGAUGAUGAAGGAGAUACUGCUUUGUGGAGUGAGCUUCAAGAAUGAUGUUUCUGACCGUCGAGUAAUCCUUUAUCUGAAUGAUUGUGGAUGCCGUAGAGGGUACUGCAGAGAAAAAGCGGCGUACGUUGUCAAGAAUCAUUUGAGUAAAGUAUGUCUUAAGGAUGCUGCUGACGAGUUCUUGAUAGAAUACGCAGGCCAACAAGCAGGAUAUGAGAAUUCUGAAACAGGGACAGGCCUCAUUGGUCAUAUUCGUCUCAACCAGGGGCAGCUGGAAAAUUUGGGAAUCAGUGUUCUUGAGGUUCAUGAAAGAUGCCAAGAAAAUAUCAGUUCAUUCCAGAAGAAAAAGAAAAUUGGCAAUCUUUUCAAGAGAAUAGUUUUGUCAGUGAGUGAAUUUUGUUCGUUUUGCCACAAUUCUGGAAGUAAGUGUUUGAAUGCACCAUGUUUGAGGUUCUCUUGGCCAGAUGCGAGUGAUGAUCACUUGGAGAGGGUUUCUCAUAUUCUUGCUGAUAUGAUAUGUCCAAUAUUGUUGGAUACAGUUAUCAAAGGUGAUCCAAGGGUUUCAAGUGCAAAUAUAGCGUGGAUUUCUCCUGACACAAUGUCUUGGAUUAGGAGCCCUUCCAAGAGUCAAAGAGGUGAAUUAGCUCUGGAUAUUGUUCUUGAGAAAGAAGCUGUUAAGCAAAGGGGAGAUGCUUGGAGGAUUCUCAUGGAUUCCUGUCUUCCUGUCAUCCAUCUGAUAGACACUACGCGUUCCAUCCCAUAUGCAAUAAAGCAAGUCCAAGAACUGAUUGGAAUUUCUUGUGCCUUUGAGCAAGCUGUUAAGCGCCUAUCAACGUCAGUUACAAUGGUCACAAAGGGUGUUCUCAAAGACCACCUAGUUCUAUUGGCUAAUAGCAUGACAUGUGCAGGAAAUCUGGUUGGUUUCAAUGCUGGUGGAAUAAAAGCAUUAUCUCGAUCAUUAAAUGUGCAGAUACCAUUUACAGAAGCAACACUAUUUACCCCAAGAAAAUGCUUUGAGAGGGCUGCUGAAAAGUGCCAUGUUGAUUCUUUGUCAAGCAUUGUGGCUUCUUGCUCCUGGGGAAAGCAUGUGGCAGUUGGUACGGGAUCUCGAUUUGAAGUCCUCUUGAACACAAGAAAUGUUGAAUGGAAUAUACCAGAUACACGUGAUGUUUAUAGCUUCCUACACUUGGUGAGGAGCACCUCUGCUCAAGAAGUUGAAGGUACCAGUUGUCUUGGUGCAGAAGUUGAUGAACUAGAGGAAGAUGAAGAUAUGGGGUUAUACUUGUCUCCCAAUCGGGACUCUGGUUCUGAAAUGCCCACUUUUGAAGAUAGAGCUGAAUUUGAUUAUAAUGAAAACUUAGAUGAAGGAAAGCCAAGUGGCUCUGCAUGGGAGAAGGCCUCAUCUGAGAGUGUCAAAUCUGGUGGUAGCUGGGACAUUGCUGGCAAAACCCAAAAUGGCGCUGAAAAGGGUGUCAAUCAGUCAGAUUCCUGGUCUGCUUGGGGUAAAAAGGUUGAUGAAAGUAAUCCUCAGCAAUCUGGGGUUACAGAGCAGUCAGAAUCAUCGUCAGCAUGGGGGAAAAAAUCGGAAAGAGAUGGUGGUUCUUCUUGGGGGCAAAAGGUUGAUGACGCUGGGAAAAGCCUUUGCCAAUCUGGGAACGAGGUGCAGUCAGGAUCUUUGUCCUCCUGGGGUAAAAAUGUGGAAAAAGACGGUGGUUCUUGGGGUAAAAAGGUUGAGACUCACCAAUCUGGGAAGGAAGAGGAGUCAGGAUCUUUAUCCUCCUGGGCGAAAAAGGGGGAAACAGAUGGUGGUUCUUCUUGGGGGAAAAAGGGGGAAACAGAUGGUGGUUCUUCUUGGGGGAAAAAGGUGGAUAAAGAUGGUGGUUCUUCUUGGGGGAAAAAGGUGGAUAAAGAUGGUGGUUCUUCUUGGGGGAAAAAGGUGGAUAAAGAUGGUGGUUCUUGGGGGAAAAAGGUUGAAACUGAGAAUAGCCCUCAACUAUCUGGGAAAGAAGAGCAGUCAGGAUCUCGGUCCUCAUGGGGGAAACAGGUGGAAAAAGAUGGUGGGUCUUCUUGGGGGAAAAAGAUUGAUGAACCUGAGAAAAACCUGCACCAGUCUGGGAAUGGAGAGCAGUCAGGUUCUUUAUCCUCAUGGGGGAAGGUGGAAAAAGAUGGUGGGUCUUGGGGUAAAAAGAUUGAGAGUCACCAAUCUGGGAAGGGAGAGGAGUCAGGAUCUUUAUCCUCAUGGGGAAAAAAAGUGGAAACAGAUGGUGGUUCUUCUUGGGGGAAAAAGGUGGAUAAAGACUCUAGUUCGUGGGGGAAAAAGGUGGAUAAAGAUGGUGGUUCUUGGGGAAAAACAAUUGAAACUGAGAAUACCCCUCAACUAUCUGGGAAAGUAGAGCAGUCAGGAUCUUUGUCCUCAUGGGGGAAAAAGGUGGAAAAAGAUGGUGGGUCUUCUUGGGGGAAAAAGGUUGAUGAACCUGAGAGUAACACGCACCAGUCUGGGAGUGGAGAGCAGUCAGGAUCUUGGUCCUCAUGGGGGAAGAAGGUGGAAAAAGAUGCUGGUUCUUGCGAUGGGCCUAAACAGUCAAAUUCUGAGUCGUCUUGGGGAAAAGCUCCUAAUGGCGAUGGGUUAGGUUCAGCGACUGAUGAAGGCAAUAAAAGGCUUGACCAGUCAGUUAAUGAUUGGAGCUCUAGUGUAAGUAGAGAUGGACAGUUAAAUGAAUCAACACAUGACGACUCUACAAAAAAUGGUGGUUGGAAUUCUUCAACCGUUGGUGGUUGGGACUCUCAGAAGGUUGGCGUUGAAGAGAGCGAUAAGCAACCUCAAUGGGGUCAGCGCAGACGUAAUGCAAAAGGAGAUUUUAAGGAAAAUUCGCGAGGUUGGGGCUCUGCUAGUGGUGGAGAGUGGAAGAACAACCGGCCUGUAAGAUCAGCUGAUGACUCCAAUAGAGGUGUACAUUUUACAGCAACAAGGCAAAAGAUUGAUCUUUUCACAGCAGAGGAACAAGAAAUACUUUCAGAUGUUGAUCCUAUCAUGCUGAAAGUCAGAAAGAUAAUGCAUGGGACAGGGAUCAAUGAUGGUGACCCCUUAUCUGCUGAUGACCAGUCAUAUAUUAUUGACACGGUUCUCAAUUACCACCCGGAUAAAGCUGUCAAGAUGGGAGCCGGUCUUGAUUAUAUUACGGUGAGCAAACAUACAAACUUCCAGGAUACUAGAUGCUUCUACGUCGUCUCUACUGAUGGUGCCAAGCAAGAUUUCUCCACCCGGAAAUGUCUGGAGAACUUUGUCAGAUCAAAAUAUCCUGAUAAGGCUGAGAGUUUCAAUGAAAAGUACUUCAAGAAGCCGCCUCCACCUCGUGUCCCCAAGAUUGCUUCUCCAGCACCAUCAGUUGGUUGAUCUUCUCCUUAGUUUGGAUAGUUGUAUAGUUAACUUGGCCGCCUUGUGUUAACUUAUGGUAAAACAAAAUGUGCAUGUUGACAAAUUGGCAGUUAGAAAGGUUCUUGUGUAUAUAGUUUAGUCCUUAACUUAUACUAGAAUUUUCAACAAAGUCCCUUUCAAGGCUGUUUGGCAACGGAGGCUUAGCCCAGAAGAGCCCUAGUAAUCCACCGCUACUGGCAUUGAUGACGAUUGAUAACUUCUUCUUUUUCUCUAUUUUGUUACUAUUUC